UCACGUAUAAAUUCUUUCGGAAAUCAGAAACUUUGUUCUAUUUAUAAAUCGUGACCUAUGCGCUGUGACAUUCCAAGCUUCAAGAGUCGGUAAAUGCACAGAAUUUAGAUAUGGAUGAUGUCAGUUGAAAAAAAAAAAAAAUAAAAUUGUAAAGAUUUCUGCUGCGCGAAAAGAAAGUAGCAACUUAAUCUGCAAAUUUACGCUUAAGGGACUUUCUGAAGAUGGUAAGAAGCAGGAUGAAACCAAAACAUUACAGGGGUCAAAAAUAUGAGAGUCUGAGGAAAAGACAAAUGAAGAUAAAGAAGCCAUUUAAUGACCCCCUGUUUCCAGAUAUAAAAUCGAGUAUUGGUAACACUGAAUCUAUUCCUGACAAUUUAGAAUGGAAAAGGCCAAGUGAAUUAUGUGAUCAGCCUUGCCUGUUCAGUGAAAAUGUGCUGCCAGAAGAUGUGCUUAAAGGACAACUAAGUAGCAGAUGGUUUGUGUCAGCUUGUGCUGUUUUAGCUGGAGUCGGAGAGUUACGUAACAAGGUUGUUCCAGAUUACUCAAAACAAGAAUGGAACCCAAACAAAACAGAUGAAUAUGCAGGAAUAUUUCACUUUCAGUUUUGGAGGUUUGGUGAAUGGGUAGAUGUUGUUGUAGAUGAUCUUCUUCCAACUGUGAAUGGUACUUUAUUAUUCACUCAUUCAACAAAGGAGAAUGAAUUCUGGAUUCCACUUAUGGAAAAAGCAUAUGCAAAGCUACAUGGCUCAUACGAUGGUCUUCAUGGGGGACAUAUGGCUGAUGCCCUAGUGGAUUUCACAGGGGGUGUAUCAGAAAUUAUAGACAUGAGAGCAAAUGAGUAUGCUGACAGUCAUGAUAAACGUUUAUCACUAUUUGAUGUACUUUCUGCUGAAAUGAGAAAUCAUUCCUUGGUGUGUGCUACAUGUACAGUUCUGAAUGAAGAAGAAUUUGGUACCAGAACAGAUAUGGGUCUCUGCAGAGGGACUGCCUAUGCUGUGACAGCUGUCAAAAAAGUUUAUUUGGGAGAAACAAGCCUGAGGAAUAUUUUCAAAGGACGUGAGAAGCUCCGAAUGGUUCGACUUCGAGAUCUGCUUAAUGAUAAGAUCAAGAGUGAGACAGAGUCCAAAGGUGAAGAUGGUGAUGCACGAAGUAAUAAAGAAUAUGCUUAUACAACAUCUCAAUUAACAAGGCUCCUGUCAUCAUCACCAGAAUGGUCAAAGGUCAGAGAAUCUGAAAGAGAUAGAAUGGGGCUAACUCUAGAUUAUGAGACUGAAUUUUGGAUGCCAUUGGAGGAUUUUGUGAGAAAUUUUAGUGAGCUGACUAUAUGUCGUCUCUAUAACACCAAUAUAUUUGCUCUGUCACAAACAUGGAAGGAGGAGUCAAUAAGAGGAGAAUGGACUACCGGAGUUAAAGGCUCCCUAUCUGACAGAGCUGGUGGAAGUUCUGAAUUUCCAGAAACAUUUCUUCGGAAUCCACAGUAUUUAUUUGAUGUACGGGAUGAAGAUGAAAUAGUUCUGCAGAUGCUUCAAUGGGAUACAGCUUCUGUGCAUCAAGUAGCAGGACUUCAGAAACUUUUGAUUGGCUUCAACAUUAUCAAGGUUGAAGAAAACCGCAAAUACCGCCUUCACAAGCAAUGGGAACACAAUCCAACUAUUGUAUCAUUUAAUUAUAUAAGGAAAAGGGAGAUUUUUUACAAAGGACAUUUGCCUAGAGGACGUUACAUCUUGAUUCCAACAACACUGAAACCAGGAGACACAGGAGGCUAUUUCGUUCGAAUUUUCUCUACCUCAAAUAUUAAAUUACGGACAAUAAAGCGGGAUGUACCAUACAAAACAUGUUACUGCUGUAAAUCAGGAUAUCCUGUGUGGGUUACAGUGGUCCAUGUUAAAGGAGCUGAAGGCCUUAAGAAAAUGGACAGAAUUGGUUCAUGUGAUGCCUACUGCAUGGUGAAAAGUGAAGGCAAGAAAGCAAAGACACACAUGGAAAAAAAUUCCUUGAAUCCCACAUGGAAUUCUACUUUUGUCUUCUAUCGCAGCUCUGUUGAUGAACCUGUAAUAAUCAAGGUCUUCAAUCAUAACUCAUGUUUACCAGAUAACUUCAUGGGACAAGUCAAGUUACCAGCCCCAGUGAAUCAGCAUCCAAGCCCUAUUACUGUUGAUUUAAUGGGAAAAGGAAAGAAUGAAGGACAACCAACAAAGGGCUCACUAAUGCUUGAAAUAUUCACCAAUGACAAUUUAAUGAUGGUUUAAUUGUGCCUUUCCAUAGCUUAAAAGUGAUGCUAAUUCCUCUAAUGACCAAAGAUAACUGUGUGUGUGUGUGUGUGUGUGUGUGUGUGUGUGUGUCUGAGAGAGAAAGAGUGUUGAGUUUAUCUCCUAUGCAAAACAUUUCCCUUAGAAAUGCUUUUUAAGUGUGUAAUGACUACAAAGCUAAAUUCAUUGUUAUCAGUUAGCUGUAAUUGUAUCAUCAUAAGACAACUGUCUGUAUUUCAUAUGCACAAUCACAAAAUGCUGUGCCUCUCAAUAAAUAUUUUUGAAAACUUUUCAACCACAAUCAUCUCCAGUAUGACGAUAUGUCAUACUUAGCUGAAGGGUUAAUAUAGUGGUAAGUCUGGUGGUAAAUGCCCUUUUCACAACAGUAAAAAAACAUGCAAUUAAUUGUUCGGAAUAUUCAUGUUUACCAAUAUUUAGAUAAGAAACUACUUCUGUCUGGUGUGUUUCCAGCCUAUCACAUUUUCAUCUUACCAUUCAUCUGAUUAUGGUGAAAGUGCGUUCAAAAAAUAACUGAAUUUAGCUUGUUCAGCUGAUAUCAGUUCUCAAUUCUUUGUGUUAAUUACAAUUUUUAUGUACCUGUAUCUGUAAAAUUCCCUAUUCGAUAUAUUUUUGAAUGUGACUCACUGAUAUAUCUGAAAUAAUGAACAAAGAUAAUGAAAUUUAUGACUCUAUGUAGCUUAAAGGUUACUAGUAUCCAAACUGUGGCUUUUGUUACAGUUAGUUUUAGAACUUGUGCGAUAUGCUUAGGAGGAAGAUCUAAAAACUGAUGUCAGUUUGUACAACUUAUCUGAUGAAGUUGAGAAUUAUACAUACAUGUUGCAUUAAUAUAUGGAAGGAAAAUGUUAUAUAUAGAUAUAAAUAAUUCUUGCCUCAAGUGUGUUAUUGUAGUAACAGCGCUUCUUUUAGGAGACUGAAUAUGUGUGUUGUUAUUUUUCCCAGUAAUUUUAUUCCUGUUACUGAGCCUUCCUCAGUGUACAACAAGUCACAUUAAAAUGACAAUCAGCAGACAUUAGAUAUGGAAAUAGUGAUGUGAAAAUUAUAGAAAUUUUAUGUAAAAGGAAUAAGAUAAUAUAGAGGAAAAACAUUGAGAU